AUGUGGUUUUCUAGCUUGGAAUCGCCAACACGAAAUUUGAACUUAGAAGCGGGACAAGACAUCGAAAUCACAAGCGCCGCCGGAGAAAUUCAGCUAUCAUCGCUUCUUGAUAUCAGUAUCAAUUCCAAACAGGCCAUUCAUUUCAUCCAAGAACUCAUAUCCUCGUUGUCACUUGUUGGCUCAAAAAGUCCAUAUCCGGUCUCUGACAUCAGUCCAUACUAG